GCCGGACCGCCUUGGCCUCCGCAGAGUCGCCUCGGACCUGCGUUCGUCAGGGUCUCCUCCUCUCUGGCCCUCCAGACGGGAGCCCCGUGGAGAUGCGGAGCGAGUGAGGCAGAUCCCAGGACAGCCCGGACUCUCGGCGCGGGAGGACCCCGCCGCCGCCCGCCCAGGGGCUCCGCCCACAGCCCAGGCCCGGAGCCCGGGGCGCCCGGCUCGUCGUGGCACCGUCCCCGCCGGCCUGGUCGCGAUGCCGCUCUACGAGGGCCUGGGGAGCGGCGGCGAGAAGACGGCGGUCGUCAUCGACCUGGGAGAGGCCUUCACCAAGUGUGGAUUUGCUGGAGAAACUGGUCCGAGAUGUAUAAUUCCUAGUGUGAUAAAAAGAGCUGGCAUGCCAAAGCCAAUCAAAGUUGUCCAAUAUAAUAUUAAUACAGAAGAAUUAUAUUCCUACCUAAAGGAAUUCAUCCACAUACUGUAUUUCAGACAUCUGUUGGUGAAUCCCAGAGAUCGACGAGUUGUGGUUAUUGAGUCAGUGUUAUGUCCUUCCCACUUCAGAGAGACACUCACGCGUGUCCUUUUCAAAUAUUUUGAGGUCCCAUCUGUCUUACUUGCUCCAAGUCAUCUAAUGGCCCUUCUGACACUUGGGAUUAACUCCGCCAUGGUCCUGGAUUGUGGAUAUAGGGAAAGCUUGGUGUUACCUAUCUAUGAAGGAAUCCCAGUCCUGAAUUGCUGGGGAGCACUCCCCCUAGGUGGAAAAGCUCUUCACAAGGAGUUGGAAACGCAGCUGUUGGAGCAGUGUACUGUUGACACCAGUGCUGCCAAAGAGCAGAGCCUGCCCUCAGUGAUGGGCUCAGUUCCCGAAGGUGUCUUAGAGGAUAUUAAAGUGCGUACUUGCUUUGUAAGUGAUCUGAAGCGUGGACUAAAAAUCCAAGCUGCAAAAUUUAAUAUUGAUGGGAAUAAUGAGCGCCCCACUCCACCCCCAAAUGUUGACUACCCAUUAGAUGGAGAGAAGAUUUUACAUGUCCUUGGAUCAAUCAGAGAUUCAGUUGUGGAAAUUCUUUUUGAACAAGAUAAUGAAGAGAAAUCAGUUGCCACCUUAAUACUGGAUUCACUUCUGCAGUGCCCAAUAGACACCAGGAAGCAGCUAUCAGAGAAUUUGGUCAUCAUAGGUGGCACAUCUAUGUUGCCUGGAUUUCUCCACAGAUUACUUGCAGAAAUAAGGUAUUUGGUAGAAAAACCAAAAUAUAAAGCAACACUUGGCACCAAGACAUUCCGAAUUCAUACUCCGCCUGCAAAGGCUAAUUGUGUGGCCUGGCUGGGAGGGGCAAUUUUUGGAGCACUGCAAGAUAUACUUGGGAGCCGUUCAGUUUCAAAGGAAUAUUACAAUCAGACGGGCCGUAUACCUGAUUGGUGUUCUCUCAACAACCCACCUUUGGAAAUGAUGUUUGAUGUUGGGAAAGCUCAGCCACCCCUGAUGAAAAGAGCAUUUUCCACUGAGAAAUAAAACUUUGAUCAAAAUCCAGCCUUGCUUCAUUUCAAAUAUUUAAUCAAUUAGAAGUAAAUUGUAAGACUUAUAUAGGAUGCUUUACUAUAUAUAAUAAACUAUGUAGGUAACUUUAGGGUAACAAGGCAUUUCUGUAUUUACUCUGUAUUAAUGUUAAUAUAUGGCUUUGUUCCUGUGUAGUAUUGCAAAAUAGCUGAUGUUCAUGAGCUGUGCUGCAUUUAUAUCAAUAAAAUACAUUAAGCAAUUUAA